AUGGCAACGCUCAUGGAACCCGGCAGAGUCAAAUACAACUUUGUGGAAGAAGUUGAACGCUUAGACUAUUAUGUUCCAGGUGGCUACCAUCCUGUCAUGAUAGGUGAUGAACUCGGUGAUGGUCGAUAUGUCAUUGCUCAUAAACUUGGUUUUGGUCGGUCUGCUACAACCUGGCUGGCAGAGGAUAAAAGGCAACGCCGACUUGUUGCCCUGAAGAUCUCGACUGCAGAAUCAGCUGAGCGAACUCACGAGAUGCAUAUUCUUUCGCGGCUAGCUAGGGCUAGAUCAAGUCUCCCUGGGAAGGCUGUUGUACAGAAUCUGCUUGAUUCUUUCACAUUAUCUGGGCCCAAUGGCACUCAUCGUUGUCUAGUCAUGGAUGCUGCUAGGGUCAAUAUCCAUGAAGCAAAGGAAGCUUCAUAUCAUCGACUUCUACAUCUCCCUGCCGCUCGAAUUAUUGCUUCACAACUUAUCCUUGGUGUACAAUUCAUCCAUUCUGAAGGCAUUGUCCAUGGUGAUCUACAUCUCGCAAAUAUUCUUCUUCGCUUGCCACUUGACAUGAAAGACUUGACUCCGGAACAGCUGUAUGAUAGAACGGGUGAACCAGCAAGAGAGCGAGUGACCCGUGAAGAUGGCGCUCCCCUUGACCCAGGAGUUCCUCCAGAAGCCAUUGUCCCUGUCUGGCUAGGGCGUGGUAGUGAUGAGAUUUCCCCAGCGCAUUCCGCCGUUAUGAUUGCAGAUUUUGGAGAAGCAUUUGAUCCCCAGACGACUCAGCAGUUCAUUGCACAUACACCACUCUUGCUUGCGCCACCAGAAUCCCUCUUCGCAGAGCCUGGAAACUUAGAUGAUCCUCUUUCUUUCCCAGGAGAUAUAUGGACCCUCGCGUGUACAAUUUGGGAUGUCUUUGGAUCCAGCCCGCCUUUCGAGGCCUUUCCUGCCACAUUGGAUGACGUUGUAACUGAGCAUGUUGAGAUGCUUGGUAAACUUCCCGAUCGGUGGUGGAGGAAGUGGGAGAACAGAAGUAAUUGGUUCGACGAAUAUGGACACAAGAACGUGAAAGAAUCCCUUCGUCAGUGGUAUAGCAACAAUCCCAGGGACUGGAACCAGCGGUUUGCUGAGUAUAUACAACAUCCACGGAAGAGGAAGAAGUUUGAUACCUUUUCGUCAGAGGAGGAGAAUGCGUUCCGUGACAUGAUGAAAUCGAUGUUGGUCCUGGAGCCAGGCAAAAGGGUCACGAUUGAGGAAGUGGCGAGAUGUGAGUGGAUGGUAAGAUGGGGCCUGCCAGAGUUGCAAAGAAUGCAGAACGCAAUGCUAAAAGGCUCUUAA